ACAGCCUGGUGGAGCCGGGCUCAUUCACAGCUUUCUAGAGAAAUCUGAGCUCGAACCUGCCAGAAUAGGAGAUCUCACCCAGCGAGUUCAGCCGCGAGGACACCUGCAGAAGCACAUUCCCAAAGCAAGCCUGGGAGCCUGUGUGAAGUGAGCAAUGGCCUCGACUUUGCUUGUCUUUGGAAUGGUCACCACCAUGUAGGGCCUGAAUGUCCUACUGCUCUCCAGGAACAGAAAGAAGACCCCAUCUUUGUCUGUUUCAGUGGAAGUCUGGCAGUAGGAAACCUGUUGCAUGGGCCACAAGUUCAGUACACCAUCAGGUGAAUGGGACCAGUCUUUCUUCUUCCAAAACAUCAGAGAUUGAGCACUUGGAAAGGAGAUUUGGCCAAGAUGACCCAUUUGCAGGCUGGACUCAGUCCAGAUACUAUAGAGAAAGCACGCCUGGAACUGAAUGAAAACCCGGAUGUUUUACAUCAGGAUAUCCAGCAAGUCAGGGACAUGAUCAUCACCAGGCCUGACAUUGGAUUUUUACGUACAGAUGAUGCUUUCAUCUUGAGAUUUCUACGAGCCAGGAAGUUUCACCAAGCGGAUGCCUUUAGACUCCUGGCCCAGUACUUCCAGUACCGCCAGCUAAAUCUGGACAUGUUCAAAAACUUCAAGGCGGACAAUCCUGGCAUUAAGAGGGCUUUGAUUGAUGGGUUCCCUGGAGUGCUGGAAAACCGUGACCAUUACGGCAGGAAGAUUCUUCUGCUGUUUGCUGCCAAUUGGGAUCAGAGUAGGAACUCCUUCACAGACAUCCUCCGUGCCAUCCUGCUGUCCUUGGAAGUCCUCAUUGAAGAUCCGGAGCUUCAGAUAAACGGCUUCAUUUUAAUUAUAGACUGGAGUAAUUUUUCCUUCAAACAAGCUUCCAAACUGACACCUUCAAUCCUUAAACUGGCCAUCGAAGGGUUGCAGGACAGCUUUCCUGCCCGCUUUGGAGGAGUCCAUUUUGUCAACCAGCCCUGGUAUAUUCAUGCCCUGUAUACACUCAUCAAGCCAUUCCUUAAAGACAAGACCAGGAAACGGAUUUUCCUGCAUGGAAACAAUCUAAACAGCCUUCACCAACUAAUACAUCCUGAAUUUUUGCCCUCUGAAUUUGGAGGAACCCUUCCUCCUUAUGACAUGGGAACAUGGGCUCGGACGUUACUCGGUCCUGACUACAGUGAUGAAAAUGACUACACUCAUACGUCCUAUAAUGCAAUGCAUGUGAAACACACCUCCUCCAACCUGGAAAGAGAAUGUUCACCCAAGCCAAUGAAAAGAUCUCAGUCUGUGGUAGAAGCUGGGACCCUGAAACAUGAGGAGAAGGGAGAAAAUGAGAACACGCAGCCACUCCUGGCUCUGGACUGAGCCCAAGCCACCCUGAUGCUCCCGCACCCCAGACUCAGUGGUACCAGCCGCCCAGAAAGCACACGUGCAACUGGCCCACACAGAGACGUGCGUUCUGCUUAACACAAGGUCCUCCACUCCUGCCCCCAGCAACGACUGUCAACAGCCAUCGGUCUGAGCAGCCAAAGUUGGACAGAGCUUUUAGAGAUGCUUUUUGUUUUAGUGAAGAGACUGGGGGAUAAAGCAAGGCAUUCAUGUAAAAAACGUUCUCCCUCCCUACCUACUUAUAGUAUCAAAUGAAUUUAAAAAGUAAAAAACUAAAUUUGAGGUACACACUGUACUAGGAUGAGGAUUUUUUUGAGAAAUCACACAGGGACCCUCUCUACUUUCUACAAAUUAAGUGCAUUUCCAAGUAAAUACAUCACAGUUAAACUGUGCAGACAUGAUUGUCAAGUUCAAUGUUGUGUAGAGCCCUGAGACAUAAUACCUAAUUUUCAUUCUUAUUGAAUUCUGUUCUUUGACCUCAUCACCAGCAUAGAAUUGUUCAACCUAAGAGCAUGCUCUCCUAGGUCUGGCUGUUUGCAGUUUUCUUAUUUUGAUACCCUGCAAAAAAUGAUUUUGAUGUUACAUUUUUUGUCAGGCCACCAGCUGACAUUCACAAGUUGACUUUAGAAGACACAUGCAAUUUGAAGUAUGAUUUCCCCUUAGCAAUGCGAUUUCCCACAGGCAUCUUGAGAACCCAAAGAAGAGGCAUCUCUUGAAGACACAUGUCAGUGACUAAUAAACCCAUUAAAGUUGGCUCACUUGGGUCCUACAGCCAAGAAAAGUGCUACCAAACCAUUUAACCCUCCACUCUCCUACAGUCAUUACAGGUAUAAAGAAAGGGCCUGGCCACUGAUGAGUGCAGGGCUAUUCAGUCAUGGAGGAAGAUAACAUACAGAGGAGAAGACUAGAAAUGCAGGACAAAAUGCCAAAGAUCACUUUAUUUCUUUAUCUAUUAUUCAUAGCAAUGGAGUCCCCAUCUAUCCAUUCAAAGCAAAUUCAAUGUAAAAUACACAGAUGUCACAGGCAAUUAUUUGUGUCAUGUUUCCCAAGAUCAGUUGUAUAUUUUUAGGUAUAUCUUACUUGACCAGCCAUCUACAUGACGUGGUAUUAAUUAGUAUGACCAAUUGGUGCUCAAUGUCAAAGCGAAAAUAUUUUAGUGGAUAACGGGCAGUAAAAAGUGAUUUUACAAUGAGGUAUUUGGGAGAGUUGAUUUGUUAGCUGAACAAUUCAGAGUAACGAGGUGAUUGAUCUAAUUGGCCAUAAUCACCCUCAACAGAUAUAAUUAAUCUUAACAAUUUAUUAUACUCUUCCUCAAUCGAUCUAAUGUUUUAAUUAGUUUUUACAGGUAGAGAAUAAUAAAAGUCAUUUUUAUAUUCCACCUUUGAAGUAUAGAAUUGAAUUAGAAUUAAAAAUCUUUCUCGCACAAUUGCAUCACAGUAUAAAUAAAAUCAAUUCAUUUUGCAUAGACACUUCAAAUUAUAAAACAAUAAUACUGAAAUAAUUUUACCAAUGCAGUGGCUGAAAUACUUAUGUAACAAAAUAUAGGUAAGAGAAAUGAAGUUCUAAAAUGAACUAGGAAAAUUCAUUUUAUUGCUUGGGUUUUUUAAAUAAGUGUGGGAUCCAGGUAUUUUAAAAUACUAUUGGAGUUGACUAUUGCCAGCCCUUUGGAGCAGUAAUAAUACUUCCAGCUUUUCAGUUGGCAAUAUUUAGAACCUACUGUAGUGAACAAUUGUUAAACACCACAUUAUACUUACUAAGUUAAGAGCUAGUUUUUACUCUUUUCCACAGUUUCCUUAAAUGAAUGUAAGAGGAUGGUUCAACCGUGACAACAUAUGGUUUGCAUUUGUUUACCUGUAUGCAAUUUACACAGGAAAACCAAAUUGAAUAAGUAACAUGAUUGGUACUACAUGAACAUUGGAUUGUAUUGCCCUUUGUCAGUCUUUUCCUGUUUAAUAAAUACUGAAGGACACAAA